AUGAAAGGUAUUGAGGAACAUGACGACUAUUUUAAGCAAAAGAGGAAUGCAGCCAAUGUGCUAGGACAAUCUUGUCUGAAGAAGGUUGUUGCGGCUUUUUGUAUUUUUGCUUAUGGAGUACCGACUGAUGCUUUGGACGAGUACAUUCGUAUUGGUGAGAGUACCGCCCUAGAAGCUUUGAGAAAGUUUGUAGCUGGUGUUGUUGAGAUUUUUGGCUCGGAGUACACGAGGAUGCCUAAUGAACAAGAUACCACUAGGUUACUUGCAACUGGAGCGAGCAGAGGAUUUCCUGGUAUGCUUGGGUCCAUAGAUUGUAUGCAUUGGACCUUGAAAAAUUAUCCUACUGCAUGGCAUGGGAUGUACAAGGGAUAUAAAAAGGAGCCAACAAUUAUACUGGACGCAGUUGCAUCUAAAGAUCUAUGGAUAUGGCAUGCAUUCUUUGGCAUGCCUGGUUCACACAAUGACAUAAAUGUGUUUCAUAGAUCUUCUAUAUUUGCACGGCUUGCCGAGGGGAAAGGUCCACAAGUUAAUUACAAGAUCAAUGGCCAUGAUUAUUCAAUGGGUUAUUAUCUAGCAGACGGUAGAUAUCCGUCGUGGGCAACUUUUGUUAAGACCAUUCUAGAGCCACAAGGUAAUAAGAAAAAAUAUUUUGCAAAGGCACAAGAAGCGUGUCGAAAGGAUGUUGAAAGGUCAUUUGGGGUUUUACAAUCUCGCUUUGCUAUUGUUCGAGGGCUGGCUCGUUUGUGGGAUGAAGACACAAUCCAUAAUAUUACGACGGCUUGUAUCAUAAUGCAUAACAUGAUUGUUGAAGACGAGCGAGAUGAGGAUGAUUACAACUUCAACGAUAUGGGAUAA